AUGCGAACACUUUCGCACGCUAGUGAUCCUGGACCGAAGCAAUCGAAUGUGCAUUUAGCUGUUUCAACAGGCAAUGCGCUUGCAUCGAAUACAAAGGUUGGCUCUUCACCGCUCACGUAUGGAACGCAUCCACCCAAUUCGGGCGAUUUUGCGACUGCGCUACGACGUCGAAUGACCGAAGAUUACGAUCGGCUAGGACAUGGCGUUGAGAUAGUGCACAGUCCUUCAGUGGCUCUCAGAUCAUUACUUCAUAACAGUCAUAAUUUGAGUGCGAAUGGCAGUCAUCAUUCCGCAGCCACACUGAGCACCUCGCGUCGUCGUCCGGUAUUGGCGUUUGUUACGGAGCGUCAUGAUCUCGCGAGUAUUCGUGAGGCAAUGGCAACGGCCGUUGCUCGAGCCACAUUCUUCUCGCAUUCUUUCCGUGUCUGGAAUUGGCUUUUGAAAUUGGUAUCCGCUGAGUCGAGUGUCGCAGAUAUUUUAUGGCAGUACCUGACCACGCUAUGUUCAUAUGCUCCUCUGUGCAAACGGCGUUCCGACGAUUUGCGAUCGGCGACAAAUCUACAUUUGUUGCCUCAUCCUUGGCUUGUGUGCUUCUUGGCUGGUCCAAUCGCAGCUAAGAUGGUUCAGCACAUGCAUUCGUUCCUGUACACAAUCGCUGUGAUUUUGCAAUCGAACGGCGUUGAUCCAAGUCUGAGGUGUUUGUGCUUCAGAACGUGGACUUUUCAGUUAACGGCUCAUGAACAGGUCUGUUGA